AUGAAAGUUUCAUCAGAUAUCGAUACAUUUGAAAUAGGGCGAAUUGUAGCAACUGGCGAUCAAUAUACAGUAUUUGAAGCUAUUGGAGAAUUUACCACAAAACCUGCUUUUAUAAAAAAGAUGUCUAGAGAAUAUGGUUUUAAAAUUAAUCCGAUGGAACGAACAAAAUCAAUCAAAUGCGAAAACAUAGUUCAAUGUAUUGACACUGCACAAGAUGAUAAUGCCUUUUACGCUAUAUAUAAUAUACCUGUCGGAAUAAAUCUCGCAGAAAUGCUAAAAAGCCAAGGCAAGCUGACUGAACAACAAACAUCCGGCAUUAUUAAACAGGUAUUAACCGCUGCAUGUUACUGUCAUUCACAAGGGUAUGGCUUAUUAAAUUUAUGUUUAUCAAAUGUUUAUAUGGACAAAAACGACUUCAUCGAAAUUCUCGACUUUUCCUUUAAUUGUCAAUAUAAUAAGGAUGAGUUCAUUAAUGAAUAUCCACAUUCUUUAUAUACUGCUCCACCAGAAUUCUUUUCACGCCAAAAGUUUUUAGUUCAAUUAGCAGAUUCGUGGUCGAUAGGUAUCCUAACUUACAAUUUGAUUAGUGGCCAUUAUCCAUGGCCAAACAUUCGACAAGUAGAAGAAGUACCAGGCUCAGUUAUUAAACCACCUCCAAUUCUUCUACAUAAUUCAACACCAUGCACGAAUUUUAUCCAAAAAAUGAUGAUGGUUGAUGAUGCCUGUCGUUUUUCAAUAACUCAGGCACUCAACCAUGUCUGGAUAACUCAUGGACGUUGUUCUAUUCCUCGCUUGAAUGUUAAAAGCGACCAGAAUCUUAAUGAAAGAAUUGCUGCUUCAAGAAUCGCCAAAAUCGAUUUUGGUAAAUCUUCGGUUUGCAAGAGAUCUACUUCUCUUACCAACCAGAAACUCCUCAAGGUAAGGCCUACUAAUUCAUUUAGCAAAACGGACCUUGUACUUUUAUAA